CUAACAGAGGAGCAAUUGGAAAUAAUGCAGUGAGGACAGAUGAGCACAAAGACAAGGAACACUGGGGCAAUGGACAGUGGGAAAUUGAGAUGCAGGAACUUAAAGCUGGCCAAGAAGAGCCGGAGGAAGAGCAGAAGAGAAGGCAGAGAAAGAAGGGGACCUCUGGAAACUUCGGACUGAGCUGCUCGGCCAGGCGGGCCAGUAAGCUGCUUGCCGGAAAACUGCAGUUCGGGGCUUAAAUGCAGCCAACUGCAAACUCAAAUGCCAUCAGCUGUCGGGUUCAGAAUGAGUAUCAGGUAUGUUAACCGAUGAUAUCGACAGGUUUUAUUUCGGUUAUAUUUCCUUGAACAAAAAAUAAAUCUGUAUUUAUUCAGUAUAAAUUGCUGAUAAACCUUAAAAAAUAUGAAUAGUAUGUAAUUUGUAAAGAUACUUUAACAAAACAAGUUGUGGUCUUGCAAAUAUUGCAUACUAAUUCCAUUGUCUUAAAAAAUCUUUGCUAAUGUUUGAAUAAAAUAUCUUAUAAAAUCGCACACUCUUUGUUUUGUAGGAAUUUAAUUUUAAAAUGGCUAGUAACUGUUGUUGAGAGAAAAAAUUGGACUGAAAAUAUUUUGAUGGCAAACUUUUUAUUACUGUAGAAGUAGGUUUCUAUAUUUAUAGCUAUUUCUUUAAUUAGGGCUUUUCUGAAUUACUCCCAGGUAGGAAAAACCUUUAAACAAACUUUCAGGUUGUUUCUUGGUCAUACUCUGAUGCAAAUCUUCGUAGCUUCUUCUUAGAUAUGUAUGUACAUACUAUGUACAUUGUACGAAUGCUUUAUGACAAAUCCGCUAAGUCAUUAUUUACAGUAAGUUUAAGAAAAAAGUGGGACCAGAUGUAGAAACUUAGCUAUCACAUAUCUUGACUCACAUAAUACAACGUUUACACUCGGAAAUCAAAUAUGCAACUAACUAAAAUGUUCUGAAAUAUUUUUUUCUAAGACUAAUAAUAAAUAUAAACAUAUUACAUAUAAUUCUAAUUUUAAAUCACAUCCCAAAGUUUUUUGUUUAGUUUUUCAUGCAAUUUCUGAUCAUCGCUAACUGGAAUUGAUUUUUGCCAUAAUUUUACCUGUCAAAACGCUAGCAACUUGACUAAAUUAUUUCCUUGAUUUUCCCACAAAAAAAAACAAACGUACGGACGUGUCCCGCAGGGCAAACGUUAAUUCGAUUUGAGGGCAUCUCUCGCUAUAUAUCAAGUUAUAUAUAUAGAAGUAUGGAUACAUAUGUAUUCGAUGAGAUCCAGUGGCCCGAAUGGCAACCUCAAUUUACCCAUUUCGAGAGUCCCGAUGGCAUAAGCGAAUUCAUCCAUUAAAGCUGCCAGCAGCGUACAUAAAGCCAAACAAUUCCCCUAACUACCCAAAUUGAUCAAUUUCAAUUCACUGCAAAUAGCCUGGGCGUGAUUUGUUGGGGUGGCCCAGCCCUGGUUCCCCUUAAUGUCGGCCCCCUGGUUUCCUAAUGUUUGGCAAUAUAAACUUUUUUGUACUUUCACGAUAUAGGAUAUAGUGGCAUCUCCGUUCUCGCACUCUCAAAAUACAAAAAAAAAAAAAAAAAAAACAUAAAACGACAAGGACACCUUUUUGCCAAGUAGCUUACGACAAAUUUGUCAAAGCCAACACAGCAAAUCGAAAACAAAAAGAAAAAAUAAACGUGGUGUCAAGUAAAAAGUCCAAUCGAAGGCAAUAGCACGCACACGGGAAAAGUUUGCAUUUCAAAUUUCAAGUUCUCUACAGUUGUGUUGAGUUUCCACUUUAAUAUAUAAAAAACCAAACCCAGAAAAUGGAAGAUGUGGAAAAUAUGGACAACGAUCGGAGACUUGUUACCUAUGGACUAUUUCUGAGUUCACCUUUGAGAUUGAUGUUAUAUGCUGUAUUUGUUUAUCUACAAAAUGUAUUGGGCAUGUUCCAGUUGAUUCAGGAGUUUCUAAUCCUAGUGACAAAUGUACUAAGGGUGGGUUCUAAAUGCGUCCGCUAUGGCCUGCGACGGCUAGAACCACCUUUCAGAAACUCCUUAAUAUUUUGUAUCCUGCGGAUUCUACAAAUCUGCAUUAACAACUGCAGUUUGAUGAUCACCUGGAUGGGCCAAUCGUUGCGCAUACCGUGCAACGUUAUUCGACGACUCAGUCGAAUUUUCCGCGUGUGCGCCCAUAAUCGCACCUGGACGAUCAUGCUGCAGUCCCAAUGAAAGAAGAAAGAAAAGUAAAGCAUCCAGCGCUGAAAAAUUAUCCUGCCAGAGCAAUAAACGUUCGCAAGUGCAUGAAAUUUAAUGCUCGUUUUGUGGACUCAAAUCCGCAUUCUUUUGUGGGGUACUUGUUGUACGGAAGGGUAUAUAUGGUUUGUGGGAAGAAGGGAAGCUUUUUAGGAAGCCUAAGGUCUUACGAUAUGGUAACUUGGGACUCACUUCUAAAAGCCUACUAGCCUAGGCUAGACAAAUUGAUUUAUAUGGUGAUAAGUGUUCCCAAAUUUGUACUUUUAUUAACCAAACGUAGGGUUGUUAAUAUUUUUAUAUGUACGAAGUAUAUACUAGUCGACUAUAUAGCUUUUUCUUCUGUAUUUUGGAGAAGGGGAAAUGCCGCCAAAUGCAUCCGCAUUCGCAUUCGCUUUUAGCGUGCGCAAUUACACUUGAAGAAAUCCUGGGGAUUUCAUGCGAAAAUCCAUUUGUCACAAUGCCGAGUACGUGAGGCAGCGCUGCAGCUGCAGCGGUGCGUGUAAAUGUGUCGUCCGGGGGGCAGUGCGCGAGUCCUUCGGGUCGGGUCCUGUGGAUCCUUACCAUCCCUAUUGCCAUCCUGCACAGCUAGUUCCAGCGUACUGGAGUGCAGCUGCAGUGCCGUUGCUCCAUCACAAUGACACUUCAUUUCAGUUGGCCUCUGCGGCAAGAACUCCUCUCCUCUCGAUGCUUUGCCAAAAUAUAUGUACACAUCUACAUGCCCUCAUGUAUCCACCGUAUCUCCGCAAACUGCAUCCGCAUCUGUAUCUGUAGCUGCAUCUGUAGAUGUAGUUGUGGUCAUUGCCAGCGUAGCCUUUGGAUGAGAAAAUGGCCAGCUCUGGAUUAUUUGAAGCCGACCCAGUGCGUUUGCUUAAUGGAGUUUCUCCAAAAGGCAAAGUCAGACCGGACUGGACUGGACGUUGGAGGGCAGCUCCAAGCGUAUUGGCAACGUAAACGGAUUCUCGAAUUGUUCGAGUUUAGGAUUCUUAGAUUUUGGCAAUCAAGUACAUUUCAUACAGCCAUGGCAUCUGGUAUCAAAGGUCAAAAGGUUUCAAAGAGUUGGAGUGUGGGUGGUGUAAAAAGCUGAUUUACCAACAGCUUAACUUUAAGGUAAGGUAUACUAAUCAGAAUGAAAACUUUUAAGGUUUUAGAUCUUUUGAUAACUUAAAGUUCAUACUAAGCUUUAUUAUACCAGACCAAAAUAUGCACAAUUAACCUUCUGCCACACCCAAAAAUCCUUUAUACAAAAAAAAAACCCACAAUUAAGACCUAGCAACGCUACUUGGCCAAGAACAAAAGCCAAAGGAUUUAAAUUAAAAGUAAUUUACUCUAGCCCUUGAUCUGUGCGAACCACCCUCGUUUUACACAGAUUUCAAGUGCGAAAGCGAACGCCGCACAAGUUUUCAUAAUCAUGAAUAUUGUUUAUCGCUCUGUUAGGAGCUCAGAACUGAGUUUUCCCAGCCUUUUGCAAGUGCAUUUGAGCAUAAUGAGAUAGACUCUGUACUCCAGACUCCGGCGGAGUUGAGCUCCGGCUGAGCCGGAGUUGAGUUGCAGUUUAAGCCGCUCGCUAAGUGCUAAGUAAAAAAUAACCAAAGCCAUAACAAAGGGCAGAACUUUAGACACUUUACAUAGCAUUGAAUGGAUGGGAGUAUAUAUAAUUUUAAGCCUUUUCUGGAUUUAAAAACCAAAAAAUGAAAAAACUCCCUUUAAUUGGCUCGCCAUGGUGGUAUUUUCAUAAUAUGUUGUUUCAAGAGUUUACAGCGUAUUUACACAUAGAAUUACAUAAAUGCUGAGCGCAUUAACUUUAAUUGAAAAGUAUUUUUAAUUAAUAAAUUUCAACACGUUGGCGCCAGCACACACACACAAACACAUCUCACACAUCACACAUAAUUGCAAGUAGGCAUUAAAACGUACUCAUUCUCUCUCUCUGUACACGGCAAAGGGCAA